AUGCCGCAAGGUCUUCCAAUGUCCGCCAGAAAUGAAGAAAAGACCGACGGUCAGAUCGAUGCCAGCGCCAAUGACGACGAUGUCCGUAAAAUCACCGGCUUUCGCUGGUUCCUCAUCUGCGCCGCCCUCUACCUCUCGGCCCUUAUGUACGGACUAGACACGACCAUCGCCGCUGACGUGCAGGGGGCCGUCAUUGAGACCUUCGGCGAAGUCUCUAAGUUAGCCUGGAUCGGCGCCGGCUUCCCGUUGGGAUCAGUGGCCGUUAUUCUGCCCUACGGAUUCCUCUAUACGACCUUCAGCAUGAAGUACCUGUACAUCGCCGGCAUCGUGCUCUUCCAGGCCGGCUCGGCCCUCUGCGGCGCCGCGCCUACCAUGAAUGCGCUGAUUGUGGGCCGCGUGUUUGCUGGCGCCGGCGGCACAGGCAUCUAUCUCGGCGGUCUGAAUCACUUCUCGGCUAUGACAACGCGGCAGGAGCGCGGCACGUAUCUUACGGGCACUGGCUUUGUUUGGGGGUUAGGCGCAAUCCUCGGGCCUGUUGUCGGCGGUGGCUUCUCUGACUCUUCGGCUACCUGGCGAUGGGGGUUCUACAUCAACCUCAUUAUCGGCGCCAUUACGGCCCCCGUCUACCUUUUCAACUUACCGGCUAUUCAUCCAGGAGCGGGCAAGAGCCUGCAUGACCGCCUCAUGCGGCUCGACUACGUGGGCUUCGUCCUCAGCGCCGGCAUGUGGGUUAUGUUCGCCAUGGGCUUCAUCUCGGCCGGCGGCGUGUGGGCCUGGAGCGACGGCCGCACGAUCGCCCUGGUCGUUGUCUUCGCCGUGCUCCUGGCACUCUACACCCUGCAACAGUAUUUUUGCGUCUUCACUACGGCCGCGACGCGAUCCUUCCCGGGCCAUCUACUGCGCUCGCGCACGCAGACCCUGCUCUACAUCACGACAACUUGCGCCAACACGGGCAUGUUCUUCACCGUCUACUACAUCCCCAUUUACUUCCAGUUUACGCAGAACGACAGCUCGUUGACGGCCGCCGUGCGGCUUCUCCCCUACCUGCUGGUCACUAUCGCCUGCAACCUUGCCACCGGCUGGGCGCUGCCCAAGGUGCAGCACUAUAUGCCGCUGUGUCUGGUGUCGGGGGCACUGAUGACGCUGGCUGCGGGACUGUUUGUCGGUCUACUGUCGACGGACACCCCGACGGCGCAGAUCUACGGCUUCAGCAUCCUGAUGGCCGUGGGCACCGGUAUCACGAUGCAGCUGGGCUACGCCGUCGCCAGUUUGAAAGUGGCUCCAACGGACAUCUUCAGCGCCAUUAACCUACAGAACAUCGCCCAGAUCGGCGCUACGGUCAUCUGUCUCGUCGUCGCCGGUCAGGUGUUCCAGUCUUUGGCUGUGCGGAAUUUGAACGAAGUCCUGGCGGGGCGUGGGUUCAGCCAGACGGAGAUCCACGGCGCGGUGGCGGGGGCGCAGAGUAUGCUGUUUGAGAGCUUGAGUGGUGACCUGAGGGAGGCAGCGAUUCGGGCCAUCACAGCUGCUAUGCAGAGGGCGUUUAUCAUUCCGUUGGUGGCGGGCGUCGUGGGGUUAAUCAGCUCGUUGUUAAUGAAGAUGGAGCGGUUGUUUGGGUAG